AUGCAGCCGCCCGCGCUGCCGGUGCCGGGGCCCCUGGCCCUGCUGGACACGACAGAAGGGUUUACGAGAAGAAAGAAGACUUCCCUUUGGUUUGUGGGGUCUCUGCUGGUGGUGUCUGUCUUCAUCCUGACCAUUGGCCUCGCGGCCACCACCAGGACGGAGAAUGUGACUGUUGGGGGCUACUACCCAGGGAUCAUCCUGGGCUUCGGAUCUUUCUUAGGAAUUAUUGGCAUCAACCUGGUGGAGAAUCGAAGGCAAAUGUUGGUGGCAGCCAUCGUGUUCAUCAGCUUCGGCGUGGUGGCCGCCUUCUGCUGUGCCAUUGUGGACGGUGUGUUUGCCGCUCGGCACAUAGAACCAGGACCCCUCACCACGGGAAGAUGCCAGUUCUACUCCAGCGGGGUGGGAUACUUGCCCGACGUCUACCAGACAGAGGUCACCUGUCAUUCCCUGAACAGCAAGUGCCAGCUGAAGGUGAAGAGCAAUACCUGCUAUUGCUGUGACCUCUACAACUGCCAGAGCACGGAGUACUCGCCCACCUACUACGAGUUCGUGGGCGUGCGUGGCUGUCAGGACGUGCUGCACCUCUACCGGCUGCUCUGGGCCUCGGCUGUGCUGAACAUCCUGGGCCUGUUCCUGGGCAUCGUCACGGCGGCCGUGCUGGGGGCCUUCAAGGACAUGGUCCCUCUGUCCGAGCUGGCCUACAGACCAUCUGCUCCACCUCAGAUCCUCUACAACCCUGCCCAGCAGAUCCUGGCCUACUCGGGCUUCUGCCCAGCACCCGCGACCCUUCCCACCUGCUCGUCCUACCCUCUGCCUCUCCAGCCGUCCAGCCGCUUCCCAGCCUCGCCCUCCACUGACCUCUCCCUGUCUGAGGACACGCAGCCUCCGUCCCAGUCCAGCUCCAGCUUCGGGCUUCCGCCCAACGCCCCGCCUCUCUAUGCUCCAGCCCCUUUCCUCCCUGGGGAGAAGCCUCCCCCCUACGCUCCUUGA